AACGAACCUUUCUUUAGGCAUUCGUCUUGUCUUAUCUUUUCCUGGAAACGAUCUACGUAAUCUGGAGUUUGCUAGCUAAAGCGAAAUAAUCGUUGAGGCCUGAGGGAGUUCUCUCUAUAGUCGAAACACUCGAAACUCGUAGUCGUGUAUUGUAUUGCAUUGCGUUGUCAGUUUGUGCUAUCUCAGCUACUUACUUGAGUAAAAACAGUGGACUUGUCGAGUUGUGUGUUUUCAGAACGUUUGGUGCUUAUAAUAACAGCGUGUUUUCAUAUUCUUUGAAGCAAUUUGUAUACGUUUCUCAAGAACGUCAAUAAUUCGAAUAAUUUUGUGUAGAUUCAUUUUGUAGUCUUAUUUCGACAUGGGCGACAUUGAAGAAUACCCGUUUAGUUUCAUGAAUACGCCGGCAUCUCUGCAGCUCUUAGCGUCAUCCGAGGUGGCGUUAAUGUUAUGGCAAUACAAGUACUCGAAUUUGAAUGACGAUGACAUCAGCCUCGGACUGUUCCUGGAACAAACAUUCAGCUGCGACGAAAUGCUCGUUAUUCCCUCACGUUUCAAAGCCGAAAUCGACGAAAGAAUCGUCACAAUUCGCCAAGAACUAACAAGCUGGAUCGAAUUUCAUAGGAGAUACAAGCUUAUCGAUGCAGAUUCUCGAGGUGAUUUUUCUUCGCGUUUCAAGCAUAUUGUUGUCAACGGUUCCGGUCGUAUCGAUUACAAAGCAACUGCGGUGAAUAUCUUGAAUUCGGUCGAUUUGAGCGACGACUUGGUGAGUUAUCGAAUGGCUUGUCUGUUUUGUUUGGAAGAUCAGAUCAAACAAAUUUGGCCUUCGGUUGCGGAAGAUUUACGAUUAAACGGAAUUGCUAAUCCAAAUCCGAAUAAUUACGAAUAUGAAUAUGAUUCAGUGUUUUACUGGACUCGUCGUAUGAAAUCGGGUGACGAUUCGAUCCACCACGCUGAGUUUUCAGUUCUGCGCAUGCUCUAUAGAGUGCUGCCCAAUUAUCCAGCAUUCGAGUAUUUUUGGAAAUUGUUACCCGAUGAUCAGAGAAUACCUGUAGUUAUUGAAUCCCUUGUGAAUGGCUCCUACCGCAUUACGAGAAUUUCGCUGCCUACGUUGAAUCGAAUCCAAGCUUUGAAGGUAUUCCAAGAUGCGACUUCUGACCUUCUGGAUUAUCUCCUGUUGCCGGAAUCGGACGAUGAUUAUUUACCGCACAUGUAUCAAUUGUGGACUGCGAUGAAAAACAAAGUCUUGUAUAAAAAAGUGUGCUUCUCCGACAUCGUAUGCGGAUUAUGGUGUUAUGCAUUCUAUACUAUUUACACCGGACGACGCCUGAAUUAUGCUCGAUGCGAUCAAAUUAACGAUGUGUUGCUGCAAAUCUGGUCCAGCACUGAGGAUGAAUUGAAAGAUUACGUCGUUUCGAAUACUCGUUUUACCGAUAUACGCCAUUUUUUCGACCGAUUAGUCGACCGCUCGGCGGCUAAUAAUUUCUGUUGUUACGGUCACAAUGCGAUAUUUAUGUCAGAUCUGCUGAAGAGAUCGAAGAAUUUGGAUAAAGAACAGUUUUGGCAAGAGUAUUGGCGUACAUUGGCGUUACUUGUGAAGCCUUCGUGUCUGGAACGCUUGAUGAGAUUAUGUUUACCGAACGACGAUGCCAUCGAGGUUUUCAAAAGCCAGUUAGCGGAUUUCAAAGAUCUUUUCCGGUCGUUGAUCAACGAAGGAUUCUAUUCACACUUGAAAGAUUUUCUGUUGUUUUGUUCGAAGGACGCGGAACAGUUUCAAUGGCUGGCCAAGGACAUGCUCGAGUGGAAUCUCGACGUUAUUUUAUUACACGAUGACGACAAAUUCGCCGAAUUUGACUGGUUUGUUAAAGAACUAUUUUCGAACGUGGAAAAGGAUGCCGAUGAAUUCAAAGCGCAGAUUAUCUCGUCUUUUGACGGUCAGAAAUUUCUGUUCUCAGCGCGUUAUGCUGAUGGAACUCGUUUAAGCGAUUUUGGCAGCAUUAUCGGCCGAUUUGCCAGCAAUGAACAACAAUUAUGCCUUGUGAAAAGUAAAGUAUGGGCGGAAUGGAAGUGGAAGAUUGAGACUGCUCACGUUCUACAAUUUUACACUGACCAAUGGCAAUGUUUUCUGGAAUGGUGUGCUUUCGAUAGUGAGGAACUUGAAGCCUUCAAAAGCUCUUUAAACUUGGACGGGAUUUUCAACACGCGCUUGAGUGAUUAUUUCGAAGAUUUCGGGGCGAAUGAAGUUUUGGAAUUCCUGGACGCGUUUUUGAAGUGGUAUUUUACCGACGAAGAAGAUGCGAAGAAUUUCAAACGGGAUAAGAUUAAAAAUUACGAGCAAAUCGAUGAAUUUUGUGCCAAGUUGGAAAGUAACGAUGAUCAGGAUCGUUAUUUAAUGAAUGAAUUGUUACGGUGGUUUUUGCGAUGGUAAUAUUCGGUCUAUCGAAAAUGUUUGCGAAUCUUGCAGUUCUCAAAUGAUUUGUUUGGUUUUGAAAUAGAAGCCAAAAUAUUAUUUGUUUGUUUUUAGAAUAGAAUGCCAAAAUUUUGUUUUAAGAAGUAGGUACUCGUACAUACGUAGGUAUAAUUUGUAAACGUUUAUUCGAAGUCUUUACUUUUGUAAUGUUUUGUGUCUUAUUUAGAAAAGUAAUAAAAUAUAGGAGGUACA